GUAGUGUACGUAAACAGUACCUGCAGACUAGCAACUUUCCUGUGUUGAUGAAACUUUUGAUGGGUGAACACGGACGAUCAUCAAAAGAUGUAAUUGUUGUACAAUCAGCUCGCUACUUGGACAAACCGACAACGAGGACGAUUGGGACAAAAUUGCGUUCAACGACGAGGGAAAGAGACGGCUGUGAUUGGGAUAGAGCUUCUUGGGUAAACGCCAAGUGUGUAGAACUUACGCAUGCGCAGUUACAUGCUUGUGAGGAUAAGUCCAUGGAAGAGAGAAGUAUCACAGAUACAUCACGUGACACUCUAGCUGGCCAAAGGCAGGAUGCAGUUUUGAAACAGCGUGGAAAGAGAAAAGCGUUUGUUCCGAAAAGAUUUAUGUUGGAAAAUUCAUUUCCAUUGCAUGUGUCUUCAGCCACGACGUCAUCAGAAAAUAAUAUUUUGAACCUUGGUGACAGUACUUUUGUUGGUACAGCAAAUCGCAUUGAAAAUCACACAAAAGUAACUUCUGUGUAUACAAGUGAUAAUGGAAGUAAAUUGCAAGGCAAUCAGACGUCUUCUGAGUUAUGCCAGAAUUACCCUGCUUUCUACAGAUAUCUAGAGGAGAUUCAUUGCAAAAAAGCAAUGGGACAGUCUCGGUCACAGAGAUCGCAAUCUGGUUGUGCCAAAGCUGUGAAGCAACAACAGCCAUUCGGUCGUCCACGUCAAGUGAAGCCAAAGACAUGGCAAACAAGUUCUAAAACUGUUGUUAAAUGGGAUCAUAUUUAUGCAAAGAACACAUGUGACAUCACAUAUUGGCACAAAUCUAGAAGAAAGUGCAAGGGAAGGUUACCUGGUUACCAUCUUACUUCGACAUCUAGUGUAUCAGACAAACAGCGACAACGUUUGCUACCCAAGAGCACAAGUCAGUCUUUGAAUCGAUGUAACAGUACAAUGUCACAACAGAGUCGUCAGUCACAGUUGCCGUUUGACGAAAUCCAUCGGUCUUGGAACACAACAAUUAACAGCCAAGUUUGACAAAUCUAAACAAAUGUAGUGUACAUGACAGGACGAAAGCCAACUAUACGAAUGGCAAUAGUGAUGCAUAAGAGAAUGACGUUAUUGUCACAUCGUAGGUGUUAGGAACUUCGGAAGUGCAAAGUAAAUAUGUUUUUACACAGCAACUUGACAUGCUUGAUUGCUCAUAUUAAUUAAAGGAGCUAAUUCAUCAUGAAUUUUAUUAAUUUCAAGAAUUUUUGUUUCCUACAAAAUCUUACCAAAUACAAGAUUUUGGUAGCUAUCAUGGGUUUUGUAAACUCUGGAAUAUAAGUUGUUAUACCGUAUUUAUUUAUGUAUGUGUAUGCAGUUCUGAAGGUGAAUGUA